AAACGGAGCUAAACAUGCGGCACGUCGAAUCCACGAGACCACGCCCAACAUUUUCUCCACCAGAUCGUCACUCUCACUCACACAUCCAAAUCAGCAGAGAAAUAAAAUUUAAAAUAUUCAGAAAAAUAUUUUCAAACUUGCCGAGAAAACCACCACCGGCAAAAUAGCUUUCCUUCUUCUUCUUCCCCUUCUCCUUCUUCUCUGCUGCGUCUCUGUCCCCCUCUUCCGUUCCUAUACUUCUUCUUCUUUCUCUAGGGUUCGCAAGAUGGGCGGCACUAUGGAGAGCUUGAUUUCUCUUGUGAACCGGAUUCAGAGAGCGUGUACUGUCCUCGGUGACUAUGCUGCUGCUGACACUGCUCUGCCUACUCUCUGGGAAUCCCUUCCUUCUGUCAUCGUCGUCGGUGGUCAGAGUUCGGGAAAGUCGUCGGUGUUGGAGAGCAUUGUCGGGCGUGAUUUUCUUCCAAGGGGAUCAGGGAUUGUGACGAGGAGGCCUUUAGUGUUGCAGCUGCAGAAAACGGACCUGGGUCUACAAGACUACGCAGAGUUCCUUCACAUGCCAAACAAACGAUUUACUGAUUUUUCUAUGGUUCGAAAGGAAAUUCAGGAUGAGACCGAUAGAUUGACUGGGAAGUCGAAACAGAUUUCUCCUGUUCCUAUUCAUCUCAGUAUCUACUCCCAAAAUGUUGUCAACUUAACAUUGAUAGAUUUGCCCGGUUUAACAAAGGUUGCUGUAGAGGGACAGCCAGAGAGUGUUGUUCGGGAUAUUGAAAACAUGGUUCGCUCAUAUGUUGAGAAGCCAAAUUGCAUUAUUCUGGCCAUAACUCCAGCCAAUCAAGAUAUAGCAACCUCUGAUGCCAUCAAGCUUGCAAGGGAAGUUGAUCCAACAGGUGAAAGGACAUUUGGUGUGUUGACAAAGCUUGAUUUGAUGGAUAAAGGAACAAAUGCUUUGGAAGUUCUUGAAGGAAGAGCUUAUCGGCUUCAACACCCUUGGGUUGGAAUUGUAAACCGUUCACAGUCUGAUAUAAAUAAAAAUGUUGACAUGAUUGCUGCCCGGUGGAGGGAGCAUGAGUUCUUUGCCAGGAGUACUGAUUAUGCACACUUAUCCAGCAAAAUGGGCUCUGAAUAUCUUGCAAAAAUUCUUUCAGAGUAUUUAGAAUCUGUAAUUAAAGCUCGCAUACCAGGCAUCUCAUCGUUGAUUAACAGAAGCAUUGAUGAACUUGAAGCAGAGUUAAACCAUCUUGGUAGGCCAGUUGCCAUUGAUGCUGGGGCCCAGUUGUAUGCUAUCCUAGAGUUAUGCCGUAUAUUUGAUCGAAUAUUCAAGGAGCAUUUAGACGGAGGGCGAUCAGGUGGUGAUCGGAUUUAUGGAGUUUUUGAACACCAGCUACCUGCUGCUUUGCAGAAGCUUCCAUUUGACCACCACCUUUCACUGAAAAAUUUAAGGAAAAUGGUUUCAGAAGCAGAUGGGUACCAGCCUCAUCUUAUUGCACCUGAGCAAGCGUAUCGACGCCUCAUUGAGAGUGCACUUAAUUACUUCAGAGGCCCAGCAGAAGCUUCUGUAGAUGCCGUUCACGUCAUAUUGAAGGAAAUUGUUAGAAGGUCAAUUGGAGAAACCCAGGAGUUGAAACAGUUUCCAACCCUUCAAGCUGAAAUAGCAGGAGCUGCCGUUGAAGCAUUGGAGAGAUUCAGGGAAGAUAGUAAGAAGACAACUUUGCGAUUAGUGGAAAUGGAAUCUUCAUACAUGACUGUGGAUUUCUUCAGGAAACUUCCGCAGGAAGUGGAGAAGGGAGGAAACCCUGCUGCCUCCUCUGCAGAACGAUAUACUGAAGGCCACUUCCGCAGGAUAGGAUCAAAUGUUUCCUCUUAUGUUCAGAUGGUGUCAGAGACACUGAAGAAUACCAUUCCAAAGGCUGUGGUUCAUUGUCAAGUGAGGGAAGCCAAGCGGUCUUUACUCGAUCAUUUUUAUACUCAACUGGGCAAAAAGGAGGGCAAGCAACUCGCAGAACUGUUAGACGAAGAACCUGCAUUGAUGGAAAGGAGGCAGCAAUGUGCGAAGAGGCUCGAGUUAUACAAAUCUGCAAGGGAUGAGAUUGAUAGAGUAGCCUGGUCCAGAUGAGGUGAAUUGUGCAUGUGGUAAGGAAAUCCGUACAUAAAAUCUAUGAUAAUACCGAGGAACAUGCUAAUAAGGAUUGGACUAUCAGUUUUCUCUACCAGCAUUAUUUUCAAAUAUAUAUUGAUGUAUUUGUAUUAAAAUGCUGGUUUUUUAGAGGAUCAUGAUAGCCUUGAGUUGAUCA